ACCCCGAAUCUCUCCACCAAAAGACAAAUACCCAACAAUUUUGAAAAGAUGUGCCACCCAGGUCCACGAUGGCGUUCGGUGUGUACAGUUUACUCGAGGCGAUCGUCCUCUCUUUAAAUGCCGUUUGUAUCCUCAACGAAGAGAGGUUCCUGUCUAAGCUUCCUGGCUGGGGUGGCUCCCAAGUACAUGGCUUUGGUGAAGAACCAGGAAUGAAGACCCAGAUUUUCCACUUCAUUCGCUCAGUCAAAACAGUGAUGAAAUAUCCGCUGAUACCUGUCAACGUUUUUGUCAUUGUGUUUAAACUGAUAUUUGGCUGAAAAAUGUCCUCUGGUUCAUUAAUAAAAUCACUGUGAUGUCAUUUUUGUAAUGACUAGUAAAUAUUAAGUUUUUUU